AUGUCGGCAAAUAAUUUAUCUUUUUCCAGAGGCGCGGAUCAGGGCCUGGGUCGCGCCGAAGAAGUCCGGAGUCUCCUGAACGCCGUACAAGACCUCCUUGUUCCUUUUAUUCGCUCCGCAGAUCAAGAUGGUUCGCACAAAGUCGCCAAUGGGGAUAUAGGCAAACCCAGCACAUCGUUGGUGGAUUACAAAAGCCCAGAGGAGCUCCGAAAGAUUUUCAAGCUUGAUUUUCCGGUCUCAGGACGGGGACAAGACGGUCUUCUUCAGAUCCUCAAGCAGAUUCUUCGGUACUCGGUCAACACUUGGCACCAGGGAUUCCUGGACAAGCUGUAUGCGUCGACAAAUGCCCCCGGUGUUGCUGCGGAGCUUAUCUUAGCGACUCUCAACACGAAUGUUCACGUCUACCAGGUCUCGCCGGCUCUGACCCUCAUUGAGAAGUACACGGCAAAGGAGUUAGCUUCUCUCUUUGGCCUGUCUGGGCCACAUGCCGGGGGUAUCUCUGUCCAAGGUGGCUCUGCGUCAAACACGACAUCGAUUGUCAUUGCGAGAAACAAUCUGUUCCCGAGUACGAAGACCGAUGGCUACGGCGACCACAAAUUUGUUCUCUUUACGAGUGCUCAUGGUCACUACAGCAUCGAGAAGGCAGCGCAGAUGCUUGGUUUCGGAAGCAAUGCUGCUUGGUCUGUACCCGUUGACAAGCAGGGUCGCAUGAUCCCCUCGGAGUUGGAGCGGCUCAUCGAGAAGGCCAAGAGCGAAGGGAAAACGCCUUUCUACGUCAACGCCACGGCUGGAACGACCGUCUUGGGGUCGUUCGACCCCUUCAAUGAGAUCGCCGAGAUCUGCAAGAAGCACAAUCUGUGGUUCCACGUCGACGGAUCGUGGGGAGGGUCGUUUGUCUUCUCCCAGCGGCAGAAGCACAAGCUGUCAGGAGUCGAGAAGGCAAACAGUAUCGCUAUCAACCCUCACAAGAUGCUUGGUGUCCCAGUGACUUGUUCAUUCCUUCUCGGAGCCGACAUUCGACAAUUCCAUCGUGCCAACACCCUCCCUGCGGGUUAUCUCUUCCACAACGAUGACCCGGAACCCGUCGUCAACGGCAAACCCGAUGACCAGGCUGACCUCCGAGUCGACUCGCCCGAGGUCUGGGAUCUCGCGGACUUGACACUCCAGUGCGGCCGACGCGGUGAUUCUCUCAAACUGUUCCUGAGCUGGACAUACUACGGCUCAGAGGGCUAUGAACGCCGGAUCGACGAAGCUUGCGACGUCGCCGCAUACCUUGCGACCCGAGUUGCAAACCACCCAGACUUCAUCCUAGUCAGCGAGAACCCGCCGCCGUGUCUGCAGGUCUGCUUCUACUACGCUCCAGGCAAGCAAUUCGUGUAUCAACGCGGCCAUGAGGGGUUCACCAGCGAAGCCGAGCGCGGAGCGCGAAACAGCAAAGUCACCGAGGAGAUAGCGCGCGCGAUCGUGCACAAGGGCUUCAUGGUCGACUUCGCGCCUCCGAGCAGCGACAACGAGGAGGACGUCGGCAAAGGCAAAUUCUUCCGCUGCGUCGUCAACCUACUCACCAAGAGGGAGACGAUGGACGGCCUCGUCCGCGCGAUCGAGGAGGUCGGACCGGCCAUCGUCCAGCGGUUGCAAUCGCAGUCACAGACCAAGACAGGGAUUUCCUUUGAAUCGCCAUCUCAGGCGCAUAUUCGGAGGAGCAACCCUGCCGAAAAGGGUCAUGGACCUGUCGUCCAUAAUGUAUAG